UAUUACCUAGCUAAUUACAAAUACUAAAUUGCUCUGUGAUAAGAAUAGAAUUUAAAAUUUUUGAAUAAUGGAAGCUGUUAUAACAAUAUCAAUUAUUUUUUUAAUAUUUUUCACGUGUAGUGAGCAGCUUAUUCUUUCCACUGUAGAUUCACAAAAAUUGCCACUGCGCUAUGGCUUUCAUCGGACCUCAGAGUGUGAUAAUUAUGAAAAGGCAUUUUUAUGCAUCCAAAAAUGCGUAGAUAAUGGCUAUGAUGUAGCAUAUUCAGAUAAAUAUUGUUUUUGUACUUGCUACGUUAAGAAACAAAAAGCUAAAUAUACUCUGGAACAUCAAUUGAAUAAAACUAGAUGGAGACUAGGAACACCAAAAACAACAAAACCUGCAUGGGUACAAAACCUAGCAUUUAGUGCUCUAAAAACUACUUCAGAAUCUAUGCAGGUUAUUAAAACAACUGAAGCAGAAAAAAAAGAUACUACUGUUUUUCACGAUAUAAACAACGAAACUGGAACUGUAUACGAUCACAAUUCAACCAUUAGUGAUAGUACUGAAAUAAUUAACAGUCAAACUAGUAAUAGGAUAAGCAAAGCUAGUAAUAGGCCAUUAGCAAGCGAUGCUACACAUGGAACGGAUAGUCCAACAUCAACCGAUGCUACAAAAGAAACGGAUAGUGUAAUAGCAAGCAACGCUACUAAUUCAGCUGACAAUCGAUUACUAAGUAAUGCAACAAUUAUACCUGAUCGUUUAAGUUCAAUCAGUGUUACAAAUACAACUGAUAUUGAAGAUGCAAAUAGUACUAUAAACGCAAAAGACAGUGCAAGUAGCGCUACGAAUGCAACUGUAAGUGUAAAAGAAAGUGAAGAUACAAAUUCAACUAUACAAGAUGUGAAAAAUGAAAAGAGUACUCUAAAUGCAAGCAAUAUUGUUACUCUAUAAAUAGUGUGUUAUUUAAUAAAAUAUUUUUUUUUGUGAACAUAAGCAUCAUGAAUUUCUAGAUUUC